AUGCACCAAGCUCCUCUGCGACUGUCCCAGACGCUAUGGUCGGCCUUCCGAGCAGCGAAACCCGUUCAUAAGCCACUGCGACAACCUCGACAAUAUUCCCUGUUGGCACGGCCAUCCCGGCAGGCAUGGACCUGCCAAAGGCCGAGCAUAGCUGUUCAAGCUCGGUUCUAUAGCGACAAGAAGUCCAAAGUGGACCGCGACGUGGAGGAUGCAAAGAACCGGAUAGAGGACAGUCUCGACUCGAGGGCAGAUGCCGCCGCCCGAACCGAGCAGACGCUGAAGAACCCCUCGGACGAGACGAUCGUCCACACCAUUCCCGAGGCGUCUUCAAUAGUGCACACCUCGAGACAUGAAGAGCCGAAACCACCAAAACCAGAGUCACAUUCCCAGCGAGAAGCUCGGCCCGCGGAUGAGCCUCUCCCCGACUCGAUCGCAGCCCGGUAUGCCAACCUCCAGAAACGGUUCGGGCACUUCAUGGACAACUUCCAAACGCACAUCUUCACCGCCUCGCGCCGGCUGAACGAUCUGACUGGCUAUUCCGGGAUCGAGGCCCUCAAAAACGACAUUGAACACCAAGAAUCCGUCGUCCAGCAGUGCAGACAAGAGGUCAAGGCGUCGAGGGAGAAAUACUCGGAAGCCAUUGCUCAGCGGUCAAGCACACAAAGAGAAGUCAACGAUCUGCUGCACAGGAAACAUACCUGGACAUCUGGCGAUCUGGAGCGCUUCACCAGUCUAUACAGGAGCGACCAUGCAAACGAGCAGGCCGAGGCCGCGGCGCAGAAGAACGUGAGCGACGCGGAACAACGGUACGAGGAAGCCAGCACGAAGCUCGCGAAAGCGAUAUUGGCGCGGUACCACGAGGAGCAGAUCUGGAGCGACAAGAUAAGACAGAUGUCCACGUGGGGAACGUGGGGACUGAUGGGGAUCAACGUGCUGUUGUUUGUGAUUUUCCAGGUCGUGCUGGAACCGUGGCGCAGGAGACGCUUGGUCAAGGGCUUCGAGGAGAAGGUCGAGCUUGCAAUCAAGGAGUCGGAGGAGGCAAGAGCGGCGACGGCCGUGCAGCCGAUCCAAAGCGCCGCGCUGCCUCCCGACGACGACGACGACGUGCCCGUGCCAGUGGGGGCCAAAGUCGACGCCGUCGCGGAUAACAUCGCGGGACAGAUCGUCGACGCCAUCACCGGAACGGCGUCGGAAGACGCUCCCACUGCAGCCGCGAUACCCACAGAGCCGGAGCCGACGCCCCUACCGUCCCAAACAAGCAUCGAAGCCGCGGCCGAGUCUCUCACCGCAGAAGAACUCGCGGCAGAAGAGGACCUCCCCCCGGCUGCCCAACCUACCUUCCCUGCUUCCGGGCCGGACGAGAAUGGUUCAUCACUGCGCUGGACGUCCGCGAACUCCGCACUGGCCAAAUACGAAGACUCCCUGAGAUCACUGUUCAGCGAGGACCGCAAGAUCCUGGUCUCCCAAUGGGACCUGACCAAAGUGGCCAUGGAGGGCGUGGCCGGCGGCGUGGCGGUCAUGGGGUUGCUCUUCGUGCUGCUACGGCCACGGUAG